UUUUCAUGAUUUUCUGUUACAUUCUACGUUGUUACUAUACGACAUACAUGCAUACAUAUUAUUUUAAAUACUCGAUAAAAACUUUUGUUUACCAAUUACUCAGGCAACCGAGGAAAUUAUAAUGAGUGACGAUGAUCGAGAUAUCGACAUUGAGAGCGAUGAAGGUGAUGAUUCCGAUUCUAGACAAAGGCAUUCAAAUAAUACCCAGUAUUAUUCUCAAGCUGAAAAACGGGCACAUCAUAAUGCAUUGGAACGCAAGCGUAGAGAUCACAUUAAAGAUAGUUUUUCAAGUCUCAGGGAUUCCGUUCCUGUUUUGCAAGGAGAAAAAGUUGCAAGUAGAGCACAAAUACUCAAAAAAGCUGCAGAGUAUAUACAAUUCAUGCGUCGUAAAAAUUCUUCACAUCAACAAGAUAUUGAUGACUUGAAACGUCAAAAUAGCCUCUUAGAAUCUCAAAUUAGGGCACUUGAAAAAGCAAAAAUAACAGGCAAUUUUGCUGCAGAGACUUGUGAAGUCACAAAGUCAGAAGGUGUAGCAAUGCCAGGAUAUAAUGACACAGAAUCUGAAUCAUCAGACAGCGAAACUAGCAGAACUGUACGUCAAUCAAAAAAACUUAAAGUUGGAAGCCUUCAUCAUUGACUAACAAUAAUCCAAUAUUUAUUUUGACAAGAAUUUAUUUUUUCGUUGUAAUUAAAUAUCAUAUAAAUAUUUAUUUCAAAGACACUUGCUCACUGUAAACCAAAAAGAAAAAAAAUCUUUCAGUGAAGUUCUGAAUGUCUUAGAGCUAGUGUACAAAAUAUCAAAUAAAAAUAAUAUUAUUGUUUCAUUUAAAAAUUAAUGAAACAAUACAUUAUAAAUUAUUUGAAGCAAUUUUCUAAAAUUUGUAAAAAAAAUUUAGAAUUAUUUUAUUGAUAAAAUAAUCAUUUGAUACAAAUUAAUAAUAUAACUUUUAGAUACUUUCAUUUAUUUUUUUUGAAAUUAUUAUAUUAACAAUAAUUAAAUAUAAUUUAAGUAAUGAUAUUAGAAUCUUUUUGUUAAUACUUUCAAGCAAUCUCCCUAAACAUAUAAUGUUUUAUAAAAAUUUCUAUUUUAAAUUUAGUCUUAUCUUUAUUUUCUUAUAAUUGUUAAUUUGGUCAUUGAAUGUUAAAAUUAUUAAACAAUCUGAAAUUAUUAUAUGCUCAAUCUUAGAAUUUACGAAAUUUUUAAAAUUACUUUACCGUUGAAAUGAAAAUUUAAUUAUAUAUUAAUGCAAAUUUUAAUAUUAUUAGAAGAUAAAUAAAAAUAAAAAAAUUAUUCAAUUAUUUAAUUAUUUUCUAUCCUUAUAAAUAUGUCUAUAUAAUGAUAAAUAAAUAUUAGUAAUAUAUAAUGUUUAUUAAUAUUAAUUACAAUAUUUAUAGUUUUGAUCUGUAAAUAUAAUAUACAUAAGAUAAAAGAUAUUAUAUCAAAUUAAUCAAUUAUGAAAUAAAUUAAAUUUUAAUAAAAAAUAAUAUAUCUAUAAUAUUAUUAUAUAUUAUAAUAUUAAUGUAAAAUUUAUUUUAUAAAUUAUAAAAAUUUAUUAUAUGUAGCAUCAAAUGUAAAGUUAAUCAUUUAUAAUAUAAAAAUAAAAAUUAUUUCCGAGAAA